AUGGAGGUGUGCCUCAGUAGAGUGAAAAGAGGAGAAUUUCAUCAGGAUAUACUGAAACAGAGAACUUGGCUACAACUUCGAAUGGAAACAAACCUCGAAGUCCCUUCACUCGAUUUCACGCAGUGGUACCCAGAAGACAUUCUCCCCUCGAAAUGCUGGGCCGCCGACGGCAAACACUUCUACAUUAGCUUGCAAAUUUUGACUGGCGUUCUCUAA